AUGGCGUACAACGACGAUUCAGUGCUGGCGCGUCUGUCAGCAUUGAAUGAGAGCCAUGACAGCAUUGCAACAGCAGCCCAAUGGAUCAUGUUUCAUAGACGGCACGCAGAUCGCACAGUGGCGCUCUGGAUGCAGCGCCUGAAAGAUUCAUCUAGCACGAAACGACUGAGCCUGGUUUACCUUGCGAACGGUAUGCAUUCCACAACCAUUAUAUGCGCCCUUGCCCUUUCAAUAAAGAAAGACAGCAUGCUCACGCAACGAACGAGUGCUAACACUUUGUGGAAAGAGGUUGCGCAGCAGUCUAGAAUCCGCCACAAAGAGGACUUUAUCAUCGCCUUCUCCCCGGUUAUAGCAGAAGCAGCCGCAGUGGCCUAUAAAGGAGCGCCAGCCGAGAUUCAAGGGAAAUUGCGACGUGUUAUCGACGUCUGGAAAGACAGAGCUAUUUUCGAAGCGCCGAUUCAGGCUGCUAUCGAGGCGCGUCUAACUGAGUUGGAUAAAGCUCGCGGAUCCGUUAAGCCCGGAUUCGGAGGUUCACCGUUUGGAUCAUCUGCCUCCUCUGUGCCCUCAGAAUUCACGCCCCUUGUGUCUGCUCAUCAGACGGUCACCAAGCUGAGCGUGCCAUUAAAGACGACCAUUGCUUCCGCGACCCAAGAGUAUGAAAAGCAAGUCGAUCCCACAGUACCCGCCCCUUCAGCGCCUGUAUAUGCGGCUCGCCUCAAUGGGUUGCUCAAGACCCUUGCGAGCGCUGAGAGUGCGGUAGCCGAGUGCGUCAAGGCCCGAGAGAGUUUGAUCUCGGGAUUGGAAAAGAUGCUGGACUCGAACAGAGCGGCCUUGGAAAACGAAAAGAAUGCAGCUUCCGAGCUGUCGGGCCGCAAACGAGAGAUUGAAGAUAAGAAGCAGCAGGUUGAGGUGGCUAUCAUGAGAGCACUCGGACCUGCGGAUGGCAACGGAGCGCAUACAGAAGGGGAAACUGGGGGCCCUCCUACUGAGCUUGAUCGGCCAGAGAUGGAGGCUCUAACACCGCCAGGCAUGGACGAUGACUACGAGGACACUAGACCAGAGAGCAUCGACUAUGACUAUGACGAAGACGUCAAGCCCUCGGAGGACGUCCCAGCAGCUGAACCUUCCGUCGCAAAGGCCUCAACAUACACUCAAUCGCUGCCCAUAUCAACCAACGGGUCUAAUAAAAGGCGACGAGUGGAUGACGGCAGCGACUUUCCCGAUCUCGGUAACGACGGUGAGAUAGAUGCCGAGGUGGCAGAGAUGCUAAAGGAAGGCGGUGACAUUUGA